CUACUCAGUGUAGUUUAUGUAAAACAGAAAACUGUAAUAAUUAAUGCACGAAUCACAAAAUUCUUAAGUACCAACCUACUAAAAAUUAUUUGAAAUUUAAAUAACAAAAUAUUCAAUAUUUGAGAGUAUGCUAUUUAAUAAAAAAAAUACUAAAUAAGUAUGUAAAAAAAUUACGCCUCUAGAAGAAAAUACCCCUUGUAAACUUGCCUUAUUUAGUGAUGCAAAUUUCAAGCUUGAUCAGGCCCAUAGGUCAAUUUUGGAGAACUCACGUGUAAGAGAUUUAUUAAGUAAAAAUCAUAACUAAGUGCCUGACAAAAAUACCAAAUGCUUACUUUUAAUGUUAAUGAAGAAUGAAGAAAAAUACAUGAAUACAAAAUUGUUCCCUUUAGCUUAAGAUAAUACAAAAAUAUAUUAAGAGGACAAAAAAAUGAGAAUCCCAAGAGUACUUAGUACAAUGUAUCAGAUGAAAUUGUUGAAAAAAUUUGGUGCAUAUGAAAAAGUCUAUCCAAUUGAAACCACACCCAGUAGGCCAGUGCCUGAUCACAUAGCAAGACCGGAUUAUAUAACAGGCCUUCCUCAUGGAAUUCCCAAAUUACCUGAAACCAAAGAUCAAGAACAGAUAAAUGGAAUGCGCGCUAGUUGCCAGCUUGCAGCAAGCAUAUUAAAUAGAAUGCAGUCUUUUAUUCAACCUGGUGUAAGAACAGAUGACAUUGAUGAUUUAAUUCACUAUUUCAUUAUUAAUGCUAAUGCCUAUCCUUCACCUUUACACUAUAGAGGGUUUCCAAAAAGUGUUUGUACAUCUGUAAAUAAUGUUGCUGUACAUGGUAUCCCAGAUCUAAGACCAUUAGCAAAUGGUGAUAUAGUUAAUGUAGAUAUAACAGUUUAUUACAAUGGUUAUCAUGGAGAUUGCUCAAAAACAUUUUUAGUGGGUGAAGUUGAUGCAAAGGGACAAGAACUGGUUGCAGUAACUGAAGAAUGCCUUUCACAUGCUAUCAAACUAUGUGGACCUGAUGUUCCUUUCUGUGAUAUUGGUUUAAGGAUACAUAGACAUGCAAAGAGUAAAGGAUUGACAGUUUUGCCAGCCUUUGCAGGACAUGGCAUUGGCAAAUAUUUUCAUGGUCCUCCAGAUAUCUUUCAUAUGAUUAACAGAUAUCCCGGUUUGAUGAAAGCUGGUAUGACAUUUACUAUAGAACCAGUAUUAUCUCAUGGCCGAGAAAAUACAUACAUAUUAGAUGAUGGUUGGACUGUAGUUACAGAAGAUGGAUCUAGAACAGCGCAAUGUGAACAUACUAUAUUAAUUACAGAAGGAGGUGCAGAAAUUUUAACUAGAUAGCACCAUUUUUUAAAGAAGGGAAUGUACUGUAAAAAAAAUUAUUAUAUUGUACUAAAUUGAAACUGCUAAUAGAUUUAUUGUAGUGCAGGUAGGUAGGUAAUUUUAGUGCAUUUACACUAAAAUUACCUUACUUAAAAUAAACAUAUUUACAUGUUGUCUACAAAUUCAAUCAUUUCAUAGAAAUAAAAACUCAUCAGCAUA